UUCAUCAGCUGAUGGACAUUUGGAUUUUUUCUGCUUUUUGGCUAUUAUGAAUAUGCUGCUAUAAACAUUCACAAACAAGUUUUUGUGAGGUCGUAGGUAUUUAUGGGUCUUAUCUAUGGGGCAGUUCUACUCUGUCCUAUAGGGUCGCUAUGAGUCGGAAUCGACUCAACGGCAGUGAGUAUAUAGUAACCUUUUGAAGAACUGUCAGACUCUUUUCCAAAGUGGCUGCACCCUUUGACCAGCAGUGUGUGAAUGUCCCCAUCUCUCCACAUCCUCCCCAGCCUUGUUAUCAUCUGCUUUUUCAUUACAGCUAUCCUAGCAGGUGCAAGGAGUCCUAGUGGCACACUGGUUGUCAUGGAUUGAAUUGUGUCCCCCCCAAAAUAUCUGUCAACUUGGCUGGGUCAUGAUUCCCUUGUAAGAUUGCCUACCAUUUUAUCUUCUGAUGUGAUUUCCCUAUAUGUUGUAAAUCCUAUCACUCUGAUGUAAUAAGAUGGAUUAAAAGGAAAAAAAAAAUUUUUUUUUCCCUGCGGCAGCAGUUAUAUCAAUGAGGUCUACAAGAUUAGGUAGUGUUUUAAGCCAAUCUCUUCUGAGAUAAAAAAAAAAAAAAGAGAGUACCACCAAGAAAGCAGCACCAAGAGCAGAGCAUGUCCUUUGGACCUGAGGUUCCUGCACUGACAUGCUCCCAGGCCAAGGGAAGACUAACGACAAAGACCUUCCUCCAGAGCUGGCAGAGAGAGAAAGCCUUCUCCUGGAGCUGACGCUUUGAAUUUGGACUUGUAGCCUACUAGAUAGUGAGAGAAUAAAUUUCUUUUUGUUAAAGCCAUGCAUUUGUGAUAUUUCUGUUACAGCAGCACUAGAUGACUAAGACACUAGUUAAGAGCUCACCUGCAACCCAAAAGGUCAGCAGUUUGAAUCCAUUAGCUGCUUCUUGGAAACUCUAUGGGGCAGUUCUCUGUCCUGUAGGGUCGCUAUGGGUUGGAAUUGACUCAAGGGUAAUGGUACGUAGUAGGUGAGAAGUGAUAUCUCACUGAGGUUCUAAUUUGUAUUUCCCUAAUGGCUAAUGACACCGAGCAUCUUCUCAUAUGCUUAUCAAUCACGUGCACAUCUUCUUUGGAGAAAUGUUUAUUCAGAUUCUUUGCCCAUGUUUUAAUUGGGCUAUUAGUCUUUUUAUUGAGUUGUAAGAGUCCUUUAUAUUCUAGAUACAAGUCCCUCAUCAGAUAUAUGAUUUAUAGAACUUUUUCCAAUUUUGUGAGUCUUUUCAUUUUCUUGGAGCCCUGGUGGCACAGUGGUUAAGAGCUCAGCUGCUCACCCAAACGUCGGGAGUUAGAAUACACCAGCUGUUCCUAGGGAACCUCAUGGGGCAGUUCUACUCUGUCCUAUAGGGUUGCUACGACUCAGAAUCAACUUGAUGGCAAUGGGUUUUUUUUGUUGUUGUUGUUCAUUUUCUUGAUGGUGUCCUUUGCAGCACAAACUUUUUUAUUUGAGGGAAGUCAAAUUUAUCUGUUUUGUUUGUUUGCUGCUUGUACUUUUGGUGUCAUAGUUAAGACUCCAUUGCCAAAUCCAAGGUCAUGAAAAUUUACACACGUUUUAUUCUAAGGAUUUUUGUCAUUUGAGCUGUUAUGUUUAAGUAUUUCAUCAAUUUUGAGUUUUUUUUGUGUGUGUAUAUGGUGUGAAAUAGGGGUCCAAUUUCACUCUUUUUGGUGUGGAUACCCAGUUGUCUCAGCACCAUCUGUUGAAAAGACUAUUCUCUCUGCAUUUAAUUGUCUUGGCAGCUUUGUUGAAAAUCAGUUCUACGUAUGUGAGAGUUUAUUUCUGUAUUCUAAAUUCUACCAUUGAUCUAUAUGUCUACUUUUAUGCUACCACCACAGUGUCUUGAUUUUUGUUGCUUUGUAGUAGGUUUUGAUGUCAGAAAGUGUGAGUCCUAGACCUUUAUUCUUCUUCAAGAUCCUCUUGGCUAUUCUGGGUCCUUUGAGUUCUGAUGUGAAUUUUAGUAUCAACUUGUUAAUAUCUGCAAAGAAGCCAGUUCAGGUUUUGUUAGGGAUAGCUUUGAGUGUGUAGAUCAAUUUGGGGAGUGUUGUCAUCUUAACAAUAUUAACUCUUCUGAUUCAUGACUAUGGGAUGUCUUUCCAUUUAGUAAGGUUUUCUUUUAUUUUUUGCAACAACAUUCUGUAGUUUUCAGAGAAUAAGUUUUGCUUUUCUUUUGUUACAUCUAUGGUGUCUUAGGCUGGGUUCUCUAGAGAAGGAAAACCAGUAAAGUGUAUAAAUAUAUAUAUAGAGAGAGAGAUUUAUAUCAAGGAAACGGCUUACACGAUCGUAGAGGCUGGAAGGUCCCAAGUCUGUGGAUGAGAAUAGAGGCUUCUCUUGAUUCAAGAAGCCAUGGGGGCUGACAAACUCAAGAUUGAUCAGGUCAGAGAGCAGGGCUUCUGCUCACAGGCUGUGAAGGUCGACGAAUCCCAAGAUUGGCAGUAAGUUGAUAGCUCAAAUCCCAAGAACCGGAGGUCAGACAAACAGGAGACAGCUGCAAGAUCCAGAGUGAGCAACAAAGCCAGAAGGUCUGCUUAUAUUUGAAUGCAGGUCACAGCCCCAAGGAAACUCCCUUUCAACUGAUUGGCUAUUCAUAGCAGAUUCAACCAUGGGAGUGAUCGCAUAUAAACACUGAGAAUCACGACCCAGCCAAGUUGACACAGAAUCUUAACUCUCAUGUAUGGCUAAGCAUUCUUUUUAAUGCUGUUAUAAAUAGAAUUGUUUUCUUAAUUUCAAUUUUUGGAUUGUUCAUUGCAAGUGUACAGAAAUACAACUGAUUUUUGUAUACUGGUCUUGUAUCCUGCAAUCUUGCUGAAUGCGUUCAUUCCAUCCAUUUUUUUUUUUUCAGAUCCCAUUUAAAAUUCUGAGAGAUCACGAGCAGAUGGUGAGUUCCUGCCAUUUCUGUGUAGAAGACACAAAGAUCCUCAGUGGCUCCUAUGACUGCACUGUGAAGCUGUGGGAUGCUGUUGAUGGAGUUGUCAUUCGGAAUUUUGAGCCUGGGCCCAGAGCUCCAGUUUUAGAGUGCAGCAUCACGGCUGACAGCAAAAGAAUUAUUGCAGCAUCCUACGACAAAACAGUCAGGGCUUGGGACCUGGAGACAGGGAAGCUGCUGUGGAAGAUCAAGCACGAUAACUUCAUAGUCUCCUGUAAGCUUUCUCCUGAUGGUAAAUACGUGGUCUCUGCCUUGGAUGUAGAUUUUGGAAUCUGUAUAAUGGAUGCGGUAAACGCCACUACAGUGUCACAUGUCAAAGAUCUUCACAAAAGGUCGGUGACAGCAUGCUGCUUUGACCAUGACAGCCAGAAGGUGGCUUCCGUCUCAUCGGACAGGACCAUCAAGAUCUGGGAUGUUAUGUCCCAGGCCACGCUGCUCACCAUCACGAAGGCACAUACCAACUCAAUCUCAAACUGCUGUUUUACCUUCAGCGGCCAUUUUCUGUGUACAAGUUCUUGGGAUAAAACUUUAAAAAUAUGGGAUGUCCAUACAGGGGAGUUUCGAAACCGUGGAGCCUGUGUGACUCUGAUGCAGGGCCACGAAGGGUCUGUGAGCUCCUGUCAUUUUGCCAGAGACGCCUCUUUCCUUGUGUCUGGAGGUUUCGAUAAGACUGUGGCUAUUUGGGAUGUAGGAGAAGGCUGCCGGAAGUUCUCCUUGAAGGGCCAUAGUGAUUGGGUGAUGGAUGUUGCCAUUAGCAACAGCAAGAAAUGGAUCCUAUCUGCUUCAAAGGAUAAGACCAUGAGACUAUGGAAUAUUGAAGAAAUUGACCAAAUUCCUUUGGUAAUCGAGUACAAAAAGGCCAAGGGCUUAAAGGUGACACAGUGUGAAGGAUGUGACAGACCUUUCUCCAUCUAUGAAAGCGACACCUCUGUUGAGACAUUCACCAAAUGUGUGUUCUGCCGGAUGGAUGCGAGGCACUCGUCAGCAGACGUGGCAUCAACAUCAUUGGAAAGGGAGGACUCCCUGGCAAACGGGGACAGCAAAUGCAAGGAUGACUGAUGGCCCCUGUGCCCUCUGAGUGACUUGAGCAUGGUCCACCCAUCGCGUAGGUUGUGGGGCUCUGCAGGGACCUUUCUCUGGAGCCACUGCCCAACUGCAUAGGCCAACUGGACUGGGGCAGGGGCCGAGCCCUGGCUGGGUCCCUAGCACAUUGCUGCCUCCUGAGCCCCACAGCACCCUUG